ACACUUUCACCAGAAGCCGUCCGAACCCUCCAGAAAAAACACUUUGUUAAUAACCAACCGCCUCUAUUUAAAACAAGAACAAAAACAGAGAAAUAAUAAACCAAAAAAAAAAUAAAUAAAUAAAAAGAAAAGAAAAAAAUGUUCUUCUUCUUUUAUGGAGGAGUAGAGCAGCAAAUCCGGCAGGUGCUGAAAUACGGCGCCGGAAGGUGUAUUGCUUGCCGGUCGCCGGCUGAUCUGGUCGAAUACGAGAAGGUUCUUAAGGCGUUCUUUGUGCCGGUGUGGCGGUGGCCCGGGAAGGAUCCGGCGAUGUACUGCAACAACUGCAAACUCUUCUUCCCGGAGUCCUACUCUCUGCCGCAUCAUCCCAACUCCGAACCGCUUCCGCCACCGGCGGAUUCCGAGUCUCUGCGUUGCCGAUUCUGCGAUCGGGUUGUUGAGCCGGAUUUCCGCUUCUGUCCUUUCUGUGGCUCCGCUAUGUAAAUUAUUAUUAUUUUUUUGUUUUUUGGUUUCUCUUUCAACGGCUGUUUUUAGGAUUUAGGGCACUGUUUUUGGGGUUUUAACGUUGGAAAAAAGAAAAAUAUAAAGAUUCUGUUUGGAUGUUCUAUAUAUAUAUAUAUAUAUAUAUUUGAAUGGCCGUUUGGUUGCUGAGAAAGAAUACGAUUGUAAUAAAAUUUUCGACCUUGGUAUGAAAUUGCAGGUACUUGGCUUA